GUGAAAGUGAUUGAAAAUUUCCUUGUAACUUAAGUGAUGCUGAUAAAAUCUGUCCUUGUAUCUCGGCAUUGUCAUAUGAAAUGCAACAUGGACAGCUUACUACUUCUUAUUGUGCUCAUCCUAAAUGCAUUUUGCUUGCCUACAUGUGUUGUGUGCACUAAGUCAAAAUGUACAGUAAUGUCAGAACACCAUGAGAACAUCACUUUGCCAGAAAACACACUUGCUAAUUUCACCAAUAAAUUGCCAGAGGGAGCCAUCAAGCCAUUUCGCAUUGGGGUAAAAGUGUGUAAAGCUGGACAGCUCCGUUCAUUCUGCAGGUGUCGGUGGAAUGUCAAUGAUAGUCUAAAUUGCACAAAUGAAAGCAUCGAUGUAAUGUGCGAUGCUGACAACUCUGAAAUGCGCAUGUCCUUGCUAGUGAGCCGGAUGUACAGCGAUGUCGUGUGGGAGCUUCUUAAUAAAAACUCUACUCUUAUUUACCUGAAGCACACCGAACUGCAAGUAAAUUACCCUCCACAAAUUACCCAACUUAUUGUCAACGAAAAAGAAGCAGACCAUGCAAACAUUGUUGAUGAGGGGCAAACGGUGAACAUCUCCUGUUGCUUCACAAAUGGUAACCCUCCAGUCAACAUUAGUAUGCUGGAUGACAGCGACAAUAUUCUGGGUUCAUCCAGCCACCGAGAGGGCUGUCUUGUGAUUUCUCUGGAAUUUCACUGCCAUGACCCCUGGCCGACUAUCAAGUGUGAGGCUCCUGGCUCUGAACUGAACAGAUCUUUGACCAUUCUUGGGAGAUGUCUGCCCAAGCUUUCUUUCUUUCCUGCUCAAGUCGACACUUUGACAAAUAUUCCACAAGGUCUGACUCUGGGACUGAAAUCGUACACAAGUAACAUCACAAACUGUCUGAUGAUGCAGUUGCACCCUGAACAAACCUACAUAAAUGUCACUUGUACACUAAAAGGACAAGCGCCAGAAUUCAAUUUGACUCUGCAUUUUAAUGAAGAUCCAUGGAUUAGACAGGGAAACUGGACUCUGCAUGUCACAACAGAGAUGGGGGACACGAACAUAACCUUUGAACUGAUCAACGUCACGGCUCAUACCGACACAACACCGACUUUCAAAGAUGCUGACCAACCAACAGAAAGCACCACACUCCUAGUGGUCUUUGGAUGUCUGUUGAUUGUCAUUGCCUUCAGUGCUGGUAUCAUGAUGCUUUGUGGCUUCAAGUUUGUCAAACAUCAUGGCGUGCAAGGAAAUGGGGCGAUUGACCUUCCUGCUGCUAGUUGCUCAUAUGGAACAGAGCACCAUACACUAACCUUUGGUCAUCGUAACGCCGACGGGUUGAUAUACGGAGAGUUGGACUUUGAAGACAGAGAACCAUCAGAUGUUAUCAUCGGCUCUUUGCCCGAUACACAGUAUGCACAGAUCAACUUUGCAGCUUCAGUUCAGCAGUCUCAGAAAUAAUUUCAGAUGGCUACAUCCAAUAAUUUGACUUUAGUAAUUUGGUGUCAAGCUAGGAGUUAUCACAAUCAUGUCAUAUGCCUGAAAAUACUAUACAAUGACUUUUAAAGUUCUUACAAAAACAGAUAGUUUUACUUUUUUAAUAAUGCACAAUGUGGCAUUUUUUAUAUUUGAACUUAUUAUAUAUAAUAGGAUAAUUAAUUUUGAGACACCUAAACAACAUUAAUCUUACAAUUACAGACAUCUACUUUUAUUCAAUCUUUCUCUUAUGCAUUCCAGCUUUUUAUAUUUUCCUGUUUACUGAGCAGCUAGCAUAAAUCUACUUCUCAUCAUUGUCAUUAUUCAUCAUUGUCAGUUAAAGACAUCAUUUUAGUAAACAGAAAGUGACACAUUCUGAUGAGUGAACUUUAAGGAAACUUAUUUGUAUUAAUAAAACAGCUUACUUCAUUUUCGUCAGAAAAAUGCGUUUAAUGUUAAAUCUAUAAUUCAUGUUUUAGUAAAUAAAUAUUAUCAUCGAAUAUCAUAAAUGUGCAGUUUAAGUGUGGACUUUCUUGUAAUGGUCUUUAAGAUGGAACGCAUUUCUUUCUGAAUCUUGAUAAUGAUUUCCGAAGCUCACUUAAACACACACUAGAUACUAAUAUCCAUAGAAAAGGAUAGGGAGGUGACAUAUUUAUACUUUUUGGAAAACGUAGGAUUUACACUAUUUUGAAUGUUAAUGUAAUUUAAUAGUAAUAAUAGCAAUAAGUAA